AUGACGCCCGUGCACAGAAAGACUCACGCCGUCAGGUUCGUGAAGGCGCUGAUAAAGCUCGUGUACGAGCCGGGGGACCCGACGGGGAUCCACGACGCGACGGAGAUCCAGGCCGUGCAGGCCCUGAACGACCCCAUGCUGGUGCCUAAGGAGAUGAUCGCUCUGGCAGAGCCCCUCAUCGAAGGUGCCAACGCGGACGAGAAGCAGAGCCAGAGGCUGGCCUGGCGCGGGCGCAUCUCGCGCUACCUGGCCCACUGCGUGGACGGCGGCAUAAUGGGGGAGCGCUUCACCCUGGGCACGCUGGUGAGCAGAUCGCAGACCGCUGCCCUGGCGCCGGAGACGGACGCCAAGCUGCGAGAGGUCAUCGAGUUUCUGUUGUGCAUCGUUCACCGCGAGAACGAAAAAGACAAGAGGACCUUGAAGGAAUUGCUCAAGGAUCCCCGAGAGUUCUGUAACCAUGUCUUCAACGAGAAGGUCAUGCGACUGCUUCUCUCGGAGGACUAUAUACACCACGAGUGGAAGAGGAAGAUGGCCGGAUCCGGGUCGGGCGACGAGUACUACAAGUUGUUGGCCUCUUUGCUCACGUCCGAGCACGUGGGCAUCAGUUUGAGGACUCUGAUUUGCAGGCAGAUCCUAGAGAAGACCAACCAGAGAACGGACGCGGACGGCAAGCUGCUCGGCAGGGACUCGCAGUUGGUCGAGGUCAUGGUGCCUGCCCUCGUCCAGGCGAUGAAGGGCACCAACGUGAGCCUCACGUCCUGCGCCACGGCUGCGCUCGUCAACCUGUCGUGCGGGGACGCUGCCACGAAGACGAUGCUGGUGUCCUCUGGAGCGGUGAAGCUAUGCGUCAAGCAGCUCAAGAUGAAGGAUGACGACCUGACGUUGUACACGCUCUUCUUGCUCAUAAACCUCACGAAGACGGCCCACCACAGGUCGAUCGUGAUCCGGGAGGGCGCCGUCCCCCUGCUCGUGGAGGUGCUCACGUCCUCGUACCAGAACCCGCGGAAGGUCAAGAUCCUCGAGGAGCUCGCCAGCGUCCUCGGGCAGCUCUGCAACGACUCCGAGACGCGCAACCAGCUGUCCGACCAGUAUCCGGUGUUGGUGUGCUUCAUGUGGAUAUUCGACCACGCGCAGCCGAACACGAGACUGAAGGCGACUCUGAUGUUUGCGGUGAAGCAGCUCUGCGUCUUGGUCAGAAACAAGGUCAAGGUAGGCAGCUACUUGAUACCAAUGGUGUUCGAGGAGAUUACCGUUGCGUCCGAGGAGGGGGUGGCGAACGCGGUCAUGCUUCUCCAGAUGCUCGCGACCAUCAACACGUGCGCGCUGAUGAUGACCGAGGACAGGAUGGGCCUGGCCGAGUCCUCCGUCAUGGAGCUCGCGAAACGCCACCCCCAUCUCGAAGAGAAGUGGAGGCUCCUCAACGAGCGGGUCAAGGAGGCGCGCGUGAGCCAG